GAAGCGGGGCUGGGCUCGGGUUGGCCGGAGCCGCUCCCGCUCCCGGACAGGGGCUGCGGCCCGGGGCGCUCCCCGACCUAUUUGCCGCCCGCCGCCGGUCCAGAGCCGCCAGAAGGAGCCGGGGCGCUCCGCGCUGCCCGCGCUCGGCUAAAACUGUGUCAGAAGUUAUGCCCUGGUAGAAGGGAUUGCCGUUCCGUAACGCUACGUUUACUUUUUAUAGGUGCUUAAAGAUGAAUUCCAAGACCGCUAAAGAUAUAAUUAUUGGCAAGUGGGGCUUAAAAUCGGGUAACUCUAGAUCCGAGAGUGAUCUCGAGAAGUAUAAGCAGGAGAACGCUGCCCUGAGAAAAUCAAUGGAGGAAGUCGUUAAAGGGAAAAGCAAAAUGACCGAUCCGGAAAGGAACGGGCUCCUAGAGAAAAUACUUUCCCUUGAAAAAGAAAAAGAAAAACACAACCAUCUUAUUGGAGAGAAGGACAAAGAAAUCCAAGACCUGAAAGAGAAACUUAGGUCCAAAACCAAGAAUAGUGAAGCCUCCUUAUUACAAACUCAACUAGAGGAAAAAACAAAGGAAGCAGAAAGGAGGGAACAGUUACUUCGUUCUCUAUCGGAAGAAAUGAACCGGUUAAAGUGUAAUUUAUCCACUGUUACUGAAAAAUGUUCAGAGCUUGAAAACAGAGCGGGUACUUCUCAGUCAUUGCAGGAAGCUGUAAGAAACAGCACUGGAUCACCAACUAAUCUUUAUGAAGUCGAAAAACAACUGAAAGAUGCUCUUGAGAAAAACCAACAGUGGCUACUGUAUGACCAGCAACGUGAAGCAUAUGUGAGGGGACUGCUUGGAAGGAUCUUUGAACUUGAACAGAAGUCAGAAAUAACUAGCCAACAAGAAUCUAAAGAAUUCAAUUCAGAAGGUCAUCUACAAGAGGAAAAGCAAAAAUGCUAUGACCAGCUGUUACUAACUGCUAAGAGUGACCUUGAGACUGAAAGAUGCACUAUAACCCAGCUGAGAUCUGAACUUAAAGAAUUCAAAAGGAAGUAUGAGGAAACACAACGGGAAAUAAUGAGUUUAAAUGCCUUAUUGCAGUCACAACAGGUUGCUGAAAUGAAGACUCUAGAAAAUGAAAAUAAAAUGAAAGGAGAGAAAGUACAGCAACUAAAACAAGAAAAUGAAACUAUUAAAGGACAGCUCAGAGAAGAAAAGAAAAAGUCUGAGGAUCUUUUAUGUCAGGUGCAACUUCUUCAUAAAUCAUUGCUCAAACAGCAGGAGGAACACUCUAGGAUAGCUUUAUUGGAACAGCAGAUCCAGAUAUGCACCACAGACUUUGAGAAUGAAAAGCUUGAUCGCCAGAACUUGCAGCAUCAGUUAAGCAAAGUGCUUAAGGAACUGCGCAAAGCCAGGGAGCAAAUAAACCGUCUGGAACCUCUGAAACUCCAGGAAUCUGGAUGUAUGGAACCACAAGAAGAUUUGCAAGCUGAGUUUGAAGAGAAGCUGACAGUGUAUGACAGAAGUCCUUCCCUGAAACAUUCAAGCCUUCUUGAUGAAAGUUUUCUCGAGUGUCCCAGAUGUAAAGUGCAGUAUCCAACAAGCCAACAUAGAGAAUUACUAGCACAUAUUGACUUUUGUACAGCUUGAGCUUCAAAUGGACUUACUACAUUUGCUUUACACACACUGCCAAUAUGCUCUUCUACAAUGGCAAAAGAUCUUUUUAAAGCUUUUUUCUUAAUGUUCUAUACAGGACUACUAGUUUUAUUAUUCACUUCCACAAAAACAUUAUAGUAAUUUAUUUGGCCUCAAAUAUUUUACCUGAUGGUUUUGCAAAAAACAGCUACUGCAUUUUUGGUUGCAAAUGAAAAUAUUUUUAGAAUUAGGAAUAUUAUUAAGUAGUAAAUUACUGACUUAUUUUUUUGCACUAUUAAAAAUGAGAACAGUAAAAGCACACCUAUUGUGUCAGACUUUAUUUUAAUGUUUGGCAUAUCCACUUCUUGGUGAAUCCUGAUGAUUGUGCUUGUACUGUAACUGACAGCUGCAAAAGGCUUUUGGCCCUAGUAGGUGCACUAUAUAUAUUUAUAUAUACAUGGUGGGUGUAUAUGUACAGUGUGUGCAUACAUGUAUUAUAUGUAUUGUAUACAUAUGUAAUGUAUCACUGUCUUGAUACAUUAAAACUCAGGAGGGUCAUGUUAAAUCUUUGCUGUUUAGAUUCAUGUUGAAAAUAUGAAUCAUAAGUAGCUUAUUUUCUUGAACCACAGGGGUGACUUAGAGCUCAUAUAAAAAUGCAGACCAAGGUUUAAGCUCCUCUUAUCAAAAAAAAAAAAAAAAAAAAAAAAAAAAGAGUCAUUUGGAAAACAAACUUCCUAGCAAAUACAAACUUCCUUGGUACUGAAAAAAACAACUUCCUUGGUUUAUAUUUCAGAUAAUAUCAGACACCAUUUUUGAAGUUCAGAUAUAGAAUUAUGCUGGAGUAAACUUGUUUGCACAUCAGUAUUUUAGAGGUUAAAGUUGGGAAAUGUCAGUUAUUCAAUCUGUUACAUUUGACAAAUGUCCCAGUUUAAAAGUGCAGUUUUUAAUAAAUUGCUCUAGUGGA